GCAGAAGCGAUCAGGAACCUUGAAUGUUAUAUUUAGAACUCGUGAAAUAAAAGAAGAAAGCAAAAGACAGCGUAGCCCUCCGCGGAAGGAGCUUGGGGGCUUUGUAAGCAUUACGUUAAAACAUUUCCUCCAUGUGAAGCACGGGACCUGAGUGCUCAGCUGGAUUGGUCCGUCCGAACAGCGGUUAUCAGUCUGCUACGGUCUCCGUUUCUCAAACAGCUAAGCUAGCUGUCGCAGGGCAGAAGCUACUCACUCACACGGCAGACGAGGAAGGAGGGGAACCUUACAUUUCUCACUCUUAGGCCUAAGUAACACGUCAAGAUGAGGCAGCUGCUAACGUUAGCAGAGCUGGUUGGAUUGGAAGCUCCGAGCUAAGUUAGCUUAGACUUCAGACGACGGUGACUUUGUGAAAGCCAAAACAACACCGGAGCAGCUUCACCGUUUUGACAUUUACAGUCGAUGUAACAACUCUUAUCUAUGGGUUUUGCUGUCAUAGAUUAGGACCAAUUCCUCAUAAGGUUCCCGUCUGAUGGAGCAGUGGUUGGCAGUCUUUGUGAAGAGGCACCAUGUUUCCUUGUCAUGUAACCCCCUGGCCUUCUUCUGAGCCCCCAGCCUCCUGCAGCAGUCAUGCAACUCCAAUGCAACCCUCUCAACCCUUGCCUGAUCUACUGUGCAGCUGUCCAGCUCCACCUUUGAACACCCACUCUGAGACACCCUCGCCAGAUCCAAUGGAGUCCCUAAUUGUUGUAACAGAGUAUGAACCCAGCAGACCACCUAGAGAAGCUGGGGAGGAAGAGGUAGAAGAAAUGGACAGUUCUGAGACGCCGGAGCCGGCUUCCUCUGUGCCAGCACCUUUCCAGACUCCAUCCUGUGACCUGCUGUCCCAUACAGUUGGUCGGUCAGAGGCUCUACUACCUGGAAGCCAAGAGCAAAGGGGAAGAUUAAACUUUUCUGACAGGAAACUCUCUCUGCAGGAGCGCUCACAAACGGCAACCUCACCCUGUAGCUCACCGGGACUCAAUGGGCGCUAUAUUUACCCAUCAUUACCAUACUCCCCCAUCACAUCACCUCAUUCCUCUCCACGCCUGCCCCGCCGGCCCACUGUGGAGUCCCACAGUGUUUCCAUCACAGACCUCCAGGACUGUGUUCAACUCAACCAGUACAAGCUGAAAGAUGAAAUUGGAAAGGGCUCCUAUGGUGUUGUCAAGCUGGCUUACAAUGAGGAUGACAACACAUACUAUGCGAUGAAGGUGUUGUCCAAGAAGAGGCUGAUGCGCCAGGCAGGUUUCCCACGGAGACCUCCUCCUCGCGGGGCAAAAGCUGCCCCCGAGGGGCCUGCGCAGCCUAAAGGGCCACUGGAGCGAGUCUAUCAAGAGAUUGCCAUCCUUAAAAAGCUUGACCAUCCUAAUGUAGUCAAACUAGUAGAGGUUUUGGAUGACCCCGGUGAGGACCAUCUGUACAUGGUGUUUGAGCUGGUGAAGCAAGGGGCUGUGAUGGAAGUGCCGACAGAUAAGCCUUUCAGCGAGGACCAGGCACGUUUUUACUUCCAGGAUCUUCUCAGGGGAAUCGAGUACUUACAUUACCAGAGGAUCAUCCACAGAGACGUCAAACCCUCUAACCUGUUGGUGGGAGAGGAUGGACACAUCAAGAUUGCAGACUUUGGUGUUAGUAACCAGUUUGAGGGAGCUGACGCCCUGCUGACCAGCACAGUUGGAACUCCUGCUUUUCUUGCCCCUGAAACGCUCUCUGAGACCAGAAAGAACUUCUCUGGAAAGGCUUUGGAUGUUUGGGCCAUGGGAGUGACACUAUAUUGCUUCGUCUUUGGAGAGUGUCCAUUUAUGGAUGAGCGCAUUCUCAGUCUUCAUCAAAAAAUCAAGACACAACCUGUGGUUUUACCAGAACAUGCCGACAUAUCAGACGAUCUCAAAGAUUUGUUGUUGAAAAUGCUGGACAAGAAUCCAGAGACCAGGAUAACGAUCCCACAGAUUAAGGUACACCCAUGGGUGACAAGGCACGGUGCUGAGCCCCUCCCCCCUGAGGAUGAUAACUGCUGUAUGCUUAUUGAAGUAACUGAGGAGGAAGUGGAGAAUUCUGUUAAACACAUCCCCAGCCUGGCAACAGUGAUCCUGGUAAGAACUAUGCUCAGGAAGCGCUCCUUUGGAAACCCUUUUGACUGGGGCCGGAAAGAGGACCGCAGCAGUUUGUGUCCUCCAGGGCAAACACUCACGAAAGGCAGAGCAGGCAGUGUGAGAUACUGCUACAUUCAUUGUAACCAAAAAAGGAAACAGGAAAGCGGUGACGGGAUGAGAAGUAUGAACCUGCCCUACGUGGGAGAGGAUGAGACUCUUUCCUGAUGCGGGAGCUUUAAUAUGCAUGCUGGCGUCUGGCUGCCUGCAAUUACACAGCACAAAACCCCUUUACUCACAGUUUUAUACUUGCAGCCCACACGUAAUUUCUCGGGAGGUGGUCGAGUGUGGCAGACACUAACAAAAAGAACAUAAUGACCUAUGGCACUUUGACGAUCACUUUCUAAGCUUUUAUUCUGUCUUCUCCUCUUAUACAGUUUAGUUUAGGGUUAUGUGACUUCGGACUGUCACGUGGAAACCUUCCAGGGGGAGGAUCCUCCUUUAACUUCAACCUUCACCCCCUUUGCCUGGCCCACGCCUUCUCCUACCCUGCAUGCACUUGUAGUCAUAGCAUGCUUUUGUCUCAGGCUUGAGCUGUACAGUUUCGGGGUUUUAUCAUAGUCUAGCCACUUGUGUUAGAAACAUAGA